CAAGGUUUCGGCUGCUUUGUGGGGUGGCUGUAGUGCACCCAGGCCCAAAGCCCUUUUGGCUUAGGCAGGCAGGACCUUGCACUGCUGUCUUGGCUUAUAUCCAGAUGUCACCCCAAAGCCCCCUGCGCUCAGAGGGGCCUUUGUAAGGGGACUGGGACGCUGGUGUGUGACACUAGACUAGUCCACUAACAGCUUUAUAGCUGGGCAUGAUGCUGGGAUGGAGAGAGCGCCCUGGCGGCGGGGAAGCCGCGGGCUGGGGCUGGGAAGGGAGGUAGGCCUUCGACGUCUUCUCACACCGUGGUGCACAGAAGGCCUGGCGGAACUCAGGGAGCGUGGAGAGCGUUUCCAGCCGGGCAAUGAGCGCUGACCCCCGUGGCGGGGGCGGGACAUCCGGUGCGAGGCGGAAGCUGCCCCCACGGUGGCGACCUUAGGUGGCCGUGAGACUGCGCCCGGAUGCAGGCGGCGCGGCACGUCGUGUGCGCCCUGUCGGGCGGCGUGGACAGCGCCGUGGCCGCGCUGCUGCUGAGGCGGAGAGGUUACCAGGUGACAGGGGUGUUCAUGAAGAACUGGGACUCGCUGGACGAGCAUGGCGUGUGCGCCGCCGACAGGGACUGCGAGGAUGCCUACAAAGUCUGCCGCAUCUUAGACAUUCCCUUCCACCAGGUGUCCUACGUCAAGGAGUACUGGAACGACGUGUUCAGUGAUUUUCUGAACGAGUAUGAGAAAGGCAGGACUCCCAACCCGGACAUAGUCUGCAAUAAACACAUCAAGUUCAGCUGCUUCCUCCAUUACGCCAUGGACAACCUUGGAGCAGACGCGGUUGCCACGGGCCAUUAUGCAAGAACCUCCCUGGAAGAUGAAGAAGUCUUUCAGCAGAAGCACGUGAAGAGGCCAGAAGGGCUUUUCAGAAAUAGAUUCGAAGUUAGAAAUCCGGUAAAACUUCUCCAAGCAGCUGACAGCUUUAAAGACCAGACCUUCUUUCUCAGCCAGGUUUCCCAGGAGGCCCUGAGAAGAACCAUUUUCCCUCUGGGGGGAUUAACGAAAGAUUUCGUAAAGAAAAUAGCUGCUGAGAAUGGACUCCAGCAUGUGCUUCAGAAGAAAGAGAGCAUGGGCAUCUGUUUCGUUGGUAAAAGGAAUUUUGAGCAUUUCAUCCUUCAGUACUUGCAGCCUCGGCCUGGGAAGUUUAUUUCCAUCGAGGACAAUACAGUCCUAGGAACGCACAAGGGUUGGUUCCUGUACACCCUGGGCCAGAGGGCAAGGAUCAGCGGCCUGAGGGAGCCCUGGUAUGUGGUGGACAAGGACGGCACCAAGGGUGACGUGCUCGUGGCCCCCCGGACGGACCACCCAGCCCUGUACAGGGACCUGCUGCGGACCAACCGCGUGCACUGGAUCGCUGAGGAGCCGCCAGCGGCCCUGGUCCUGGACAAGAUGAUGGAGUGCCACUUCCGGUUCCGCCACCAGAUGGCGCUAGUGCCCUGUGUGCUGACCCUCAAUCAAGAUGGCACCGUGUGGGUGACGGCGGUGAAGGCCGUGCGGGGCCUCACCCCGGGGCAGUUCGCCGUGUUCUACAAAGGGGACGAGUGCCUGGGCAGCGGGAAAAUCCUUCGUUUGGGGCCGUCGGCCUACACACUCCAGAAGGGCAGGAGCAGAGCCACAACAGCCCCCAAGGGCUCUGAGGACGGCGCGGGUGACAGCCCAGGCCUGUGUCCCACACCCUGAUGGACGCAGCUGUGGGAGAGGCCUGGAGAGCCAGCUCAGGACUGGGCAGCCCAAGGCAGUUGGCGGUGCUGGGCUUGAUGUUGCCUGAGCCAGGGGAGCUGGUGGGCCUGGUGCCACCCCAUGAGGGGCCCUGCCUUCUGCACAGUGGGUGGCCCAGUCCUGAGGCCUGUUGCUAGAGUCCCUGUCUCACACCCGCCCCAGGCAAGGUCCCCUGUGCAAGCACACCGCAGGACACAUGGAAGCUAUGUGGGCCACAGGACAGCAUUGAAUAAAAACUCAUUCUGUCUGGGA